AUGGGUGGAUCCCGGUUCGACCUUUUGACUCUUGAACCUUCCCCUUUUCCGGAUCGAUGGCUGGGUCGGUUUUUAAAAUAUUGCAAAAUUCAAAAUGUUGAGACCCAAGACCAUUGCCUAGUUGGCCUUGGGUUAGGGUCGGGUGCCGUCGCCAUCCUUGUAACUGCCGUCGGACUGGAGAAGACCUUAAACCUUUCCUCACAACGCCUAGAAGCAAAUCGUAUGUCUAGAAACUAUAAUAACUGGGAAAGAAUUGUACAAGCCGUACUGAAGAUAGAACAUUAUCGGCAACUUGCUUAUGCUUCCUCAAGGGGAUCAAGCAGUACAGAAUAUGAUUAUGACAAUAACAACUCAAGAUCUGAGCUGUAUGAUUUGACGAGAUCCUCCGUCCAUGCCCGUACGUCUGUUUCGCCCUCAGGAAAUGCAGCUGAAUUGAUUGAGAAGCACCUUCCUAAUGGAGAUCUGUAUAUUGGGACUUUUGCUAACAAUACGCCUCAUGGAUCCGGUAAGUACUUGUGGAAAGAUGGGCGUAUGUAUGAAGGUGAUUGGCUAAGGGGGAAAGCCUCUGGAAAGGGUAAAUUUUCGUGGCCAUCGAGUGUGACUUUUGAAGGCGAUUUAAAGGCAGGUCGGAUAGAGGGUUCGGGCACUUUCGUUGGAUCUGACGGAGAUAUGUACAGAGGGUCAUGGUCGGUGGAUUGGAAGCACGGGUAUGGAGUGAAGCAUUACAAUAAUGGGGAUUACUAUGAAGGACACUAG